UAUUUACUCGAAAUGAUCGCAGGAAAGCAUCGCAUUGGUCGAUUAUCGGGAACCUAUUUGGGUAAUCCGCUGUGGCCGGCCGCAUUCUGGCUAGCAACCUUGUAA